AUUAAAUUCCACCCAGUUUUCUGUGUUUAGUGAAAAAAUGAAAUGCAAAGCUUUAUACUGCAAUCGCUCUCGCAGAAGUAAUCCAGAUUUGCAUUUUUAUCGUUUUCCGAAGAAUAAAGCAAUCCGCAGGGAGUGGAUACGAUUUUGUGUUCGGCACAGCGAUGAAAUACCGUUUAUGAAAUUAGCCAACAGUCGACUGUGCAGUUUUCAUUUCCCCGAUGGCAAAGGUACGAGACAAGCUCCAAACAUACCGACCAGACGAGAUCCGAAGCCGGAAGCAGAUUCCGACGACGAAGAAAACCCAAUAGAAAUAAGUGAAGAUUUUUCUCUUAGACGUAAAGAGAUAGGUGAGCUUCAAGCAGAAAUCACUCGCUUACGAAGAGAAGUCGAUAAUCAGAAAAGAAUUGCCGGACGAUGGAAAAGUAGAUAUUGCAGACUACAGCACUGUUUAACAUCUAAAGCUGAAUCAAAAUUGUUCCGUGAAGAUCAGAUGAAGCUGUUGACCGGCGCCGUCACCAAAGUAAAAAACUGGUCCCCGGAAACCAUCAUUGAAUGUGAGCAACUCUGGAAGGCAUGCCCGGGAGGAUAUAAUGCCCUGAUCAAACGGGGCUUUCCGUUGCCGUCGAUCAGGACCCUUCAAAGGCAAAUAGGUCUAGUGCGUAGUAUCAUAGAGGGCGAAGAAGCGGUAAUUCCAAUUCAGCUUCCGUCGACUGAAAUCCCGGAUUGUGACUUAGAACCAGAGGAGCAAAUCAGUGAACCUUCUGCCCGGAAGACAAUUACAACAAAAGUCGUUAUUGAGCCGGUUUAUCACGACCAUCGAGGGUACUACGCCAUCGAACACCUGGACGAGGAGGCUGACGUUGAGUACGAGAUAGUCACGGAAUCUGUUUCAGAAGCAGAACAUAAUUCUUGAAAUGCGUUCAUCGAGGCAAUUAAGACGGAGGAAGUGUUGCAGUUUACCAAGUUUGUGGACAACUUUGUAAAUAGAUGUUAUUGUUAGAUGCGUCAGCAAGGGUAAGUCAUAUUGUAACGUAACCGUCUGACUGAAUUAAAACUUUGAAAUAUA